ACAAAAUAAAGAAACUCAAUAUACCUUCCUUCUAUCUUCAAUUUUAUGCGACAAUAUAGACAAAAAUCGAAAAGAAAGAAUUGCUGCUGUUGAACCAAGUAAAACAUGGAAAUUGAGGGAGCUUUGUUGUUUGUACGCAAUUUUUGUUCCUUUAUUUGAUUAAAGAUCAAACAUAGAAAUAAAGAUGAUUGAUGUAAUAAAUUUCGAAAAUUAAAGAAAAAGAAAGAAGUGGGAAAUCAUACCUGCUGUUGUUUUGGUUUAGUAUCUAUGACAAUCUGAUGAAGUAGGCUGUUCAAGUCGAAGACAAAGAAGACAGUUCAGGGGCUAUGUGGUCAUUUCAAACGUGAGUUCAAAAUGACUAUGAUACCCCCUUUCAAUUUAAAUCCCUAAAAACCCAGUAAAACCCACAAAUCAAACAAUUCCGUAGUGUCCUUGGCCUCUCUUUUCACAUCAAAUUUUUCUGGGUUUUCAGCAAAUUUUCAGAUUGACACCAAGAUGAUAGCUUCAAGGGGUAAGAUUUCAGAGCUACCUAUAAUUUUCAAGUUUUUUAAUGCUUUCUCAUAUAUGUUUCAGCCCCAUAAUGCAAAAACUUCAACUUUCCCCAUUUUAAUGAAAUUUCAAUUGUUCAGUUCCAUUGAUGAUCAUAUUGGUAUUGGGCUUCUUAGAAACUAUGGUUAUUAUGGUUCUAAUAGUCGUAGGAAUAAUGGUUAUGCUAAUGAUGAUGAUAAAUUUUCUAGAAAUAAUAGGGAAAAUUAUAGUGGCAAUACAAGUUUUAGGUCUUCUAGAGAUGGUGGUGAUAGGCAAAAGCCCCGAUAUCAGGGAAGAAAUGAUAACCCUGAUCAUAGCUAUAGGCGCCAAGGAAGAAAUGAUAGCCCUAAUCGAAAUUUUAUGCCCCAAGGAAGAAAUGAUAACCCUGAUCAUAAUUAUGGGCCCCGACGAAGAAUUGAUAACCCUGAUAAUAAUUAUAGGCCCCAAGGAAGAAAUGAUGGGUUUAGGAAGUCGUAUGGUGAGCAAGGUAGUAAAGGUGAUAUGAAAUUGGGUGAUGACUUUUUUAAGUUUGAUGGGAUUGAAGAAGAGAGUGAAGGAGUUGGUUUGGGCGGUGAUCGCAAUGGGGGCAAGGAUUCACAGCCUUCGGUAAGUGAGCUGUUGAAUAGGCCUUCCAAAAGUGAGCAAAGUAGUGGAAAAAGUGGGGAUGAAUUUCUUGAGAAGUUUAAGCUUGGGAGUGUUGAUAAUGCGGAGAAGAAAUCGGAUGAAGAUACUUUGGUGCAACCACCUCAGGAAGAUAAGAUGGAGGUGCCUGAGAACGCUGAUGAGAUUUUUAAGAAAAUGAAACAAAGUGGUUUAAUUCCUAAUGCUGUAGGCAUGCUUGAUGGGCUUUGUAAGGAUGGUUUGCUUCAGGAAGCUAUGAAGCUUUUUGGGUGGAUACGCGAAAAGGGUACUAUGCCAGAAGUAGUUGUGUAUACAGCUGUGGUUGAAGGAUUUUGCCAGGCGGAGGAAUUUGAUAAAGCUAAGAAGAUAUUCAGGAAAAUGCAGGAUAAUGGGAUUGUGGCGAAUGCUUAUAGUUAUACUGUCUUGAUCCAAGCUCUUACCAAGGCAAGGAAACUUGAUGAUGCGGUUGAGUUGUGUGUGGAGAUGUUGGAAAACGGCCACUCACCAAAUUUGAUAACGUUCACGGGGCUCGUUCAUGAGUUUUGUGAGGACAAAGGAGUUGAAGAUGCGCAAAACACUAUUCUUACAUUGAAGCAAAAGGGAUUCCAUAUCGAUGAGAAAACCGUUAGAACUUACUUGGACAAGAAUGGUCCAAUGUCUCCUAUGAUCCAGGAAGCAAUCUUUGGCCCUAAGAAGACUAGGCAGGGGCCAAUUUGAGUUUCCUAUAUCGAUCAUUAAUUCUGUAAGCAUGGCUGUGAAGUUUUACUUUGUUUCUUUUUUUAUUGACAGUUCUUCGAUUUUAGCCUUCGACUAUGCUCUGCAUCUAUCAUUAAUUUUGUAGUUUGUAGUAGAAACAUCUUUUCA